GUUUCAUCAAUCUGAGCACGUUGUGUAGUUUAUGACAGUUUUGCACGAAAAUUAUGAGUAAUAAGCCGAAGGUUGCUGACCCAACAGAACUGAAAUGGCCAGUAGUAGACAGUGAGAAGGAGAAAACUGUUCUUGAAGUUUUAGAAAAAGUGUUUGCUAAGUACAAGUCAUGUUUGAGGACAAUCAAAAAGCCUCCAAAAUGGAAGAAAAAAGCUGAAGGCGAUAAAGAAGACUGCUUGUCUGAAGAGGAAGAAAGUCUGAGAAAGCAAUUUAAGUCCUGGUUUGUAGUUGGUGCACAGACUGUAAUGAGGAACCUAGAGAGAGACAAAUUGUCCGCUGUUUUGUUAUGGAGUGAAAUGCAGCCAGCAGUACUCCGAAAAGCCCUUCUACACCUGGUCAGUCAGCAUGGAUGUCCGGCAAUUUGUGUGUCUGAUCUGUUGUCCAGUAUACAGAAGUCCUGGCCAGGACUGACCUCAGCUGCUGUGCUUGGUGUUCUGAGAAUGGAGGAACCCAAUGACUUCAAAGAACUUGUUGAAAGUAUUAGAACCAAUGCACCUCAUGUGACUGAUCCUUCAGUGACAGAAGACAAACUGUUAAUUCAAAAAGUCCCAGUCAUAGAACCUGACCAGUCCAAAGACAAACCUAAAGCUGACGCCAAAACUGAGCAGUUUAAAUCUGAUACAAGUAAUGAAACAUGUAACAAACAUUUGUGUCGCCCAGUAGUUGAUGCAACCAAGUACUACAUUUAUAAAUCUGAGACAGACAAAUCUAAAUCGUUUAGUGGACAAAGUUUUAUAGCUUUUGAUGAAGGACCUCAAUGUAAAACCAUCGAAACAGUUAAAGGUAUAAGAGUUAAGAAUGAAAGAAGAGUGCGUAAAAAUCCUGUUACCUUUGGAAUACAACCUUCACUCCUAGGAACAGAUACAGAUAAGGUUGAAAGAAAUAAAAGUGAAGCAGCUUCUAAAGAGACUGACCAUAGCAAAGGAGAUUUUGAAAGAAAUGUUGGAAGUAUGAAGAGAAAAGCGACAGAUAGUGAAACUGGAAUGUACAGUGAAUACAAAGGGAUAAAUGUUAAAAGGUUUCAAAAGAAUAUGCAGAAAAAGAAAAAGAUCAAGAACAAGAAAAAGAAGUGAUAUUUUAUUAAGAGAUGGCAUCUUUAAAAAGAAAUGGCAUGUUAAAUUGGAAAUGUUGCUAACUUGGCAAAUUACUUUAAAAAUGAAAUAAGUGUUUUAAUAACAUAUUACAUUUUGACUGUUCCUCAGUCUUUUAGCUCACCUGAGCAUGAAGUGCUCAAAGGUGAGCUUUUGUGAUCACCCUGUGUCCAUCGCCAUUCAUCUGUUGUCGUCAUCAACAAUUUCACUGUUUACACUCUAGAGAUCACAAAUUUGGCCCAAUCUUAAUAAAACUUGGUUAGAAUGUUACUCUCAAUAAAAUCUUGGACAAGUUCAAUAUUAGGUCAUCUGGAAUAAAAAACUAGGUCACCAGGCCAAAUAACGUGAAAAGCUUGUUAACACUUUAGAGGCCACAUUUAUGAUAUAUAUUCAUGAAAUUUUGCCAGAAUGUUAAUCUUGAUGAGCUUUAGGUCAAGUUCGAAUCUGGGUCAUGUAGGAUCAAAAACUAGGUCACCAGGUCAGAUCAAAGGAAAAGCUUGUUAACAGGCUAGAGGCCACAUUUAUGAUGUAUCUUCCUGAAACUUGGUCAGAAUGUUAAUCUUAAUGAUAUUUAAGUCAAGUUCAAAUCUAGGUCAAGUAGAAUCAGAAACUAGGUCACCAGGUCAAAUCAAAGAUAAGGCUCUAGAGGCCACAUUUAUGUAUAUAUCUUAAUGAAACUUGGUCAGAAUGUUUAACUUGAUUAUCUUGAGGUUAAGGUCAAAUCUGGGCCAGGUAGGGUCAAAAACUAGGUCACCAGAUCAAAUCAAAGGAAUAGCUAGUUAACACUCUAGAGGCAACAGUUAUGUCCAUACCAUAUGAAACUUGGUCAGAAUGUUAAUCUUGAUGAUCUUAAGGUCAAGUUUAAAUCUGGGUCAGGUGGGUUUAAAAACUAGGUCACCAGGUCAAAUCAGAGGAAAAAGCUAGUUAACACACUAGAAGCCACAUUCAUGACCAUAUCUUAAUGAAACUUGGUCAGAAUGUUAACCUUGAUGAUCUUAAGGUCAAAUUUAAAUUUGGGUCAGGUGGGGUCAAAAACUAGGAUGGCAUUUAAAGUUUUGCACACCGAUCUGAAAACUGACUUCAGUGGCCAUGAAUGUGACCUACUGACCUACUUUCUUCAGGUGAGCAAUACAGGGCCGUCAGGGCCCUCUUGUUUAUAAUAUAGGCUUAAAAUUCAUUGACUGAUGGGAUAUAUUAGAAAACUUUGUGAUUAAAUUGGCAUCUUUCAAUUUAGUUCUUUUCAAAAUCACCUAUAAUUGGGUUUAGGUAUGACCCACGUAAUAGUGUACCUCCUUUGGAAGAGUAUUCAAUUCCUACAAUAAAUCUACUUUGACUUAUAUUUUUUAGGGGCGUAGGUUCAAACCCCAUUUGGACCAACUAUUUUUUAGCUAUCCAGAGCACAAAGUGCUCAAGGUGAGCUAUUGUGACCGGUCAUUGUCCAGCGUCCAUCGGCGUGCGUCGUCCGUCGUGCGUCGUCUGUCAACAUUUGCCUUGUGAACACUAGAGGCCACAUUCGUGACCCAAUCUUUAUGAAACUUGGUCAGAAUAUUAGUCUUGAUGAUCUCUAGGUCAAGUCACUCAAGUUCGAAACAGGGUCAUGUGGGGUCAAAAACUAGGUCAGUAGGUCAGAUCAAAGGAAAAGCUUGUGAACACUCUAGAGACCACAUUUUUGACCCAAUCUUUAUGAAACUUGGUCAGAAUGUUUGUCUUGAUGAUUUCUAGGUGAAGUUUAAAACUGAAUCAUGUUGGGUCAAAAACUAGGUCAGUAGGUCAGAUCAAAGGAAAAGCUUGUGAACACACUAGAGACCACAUUUGUGACCCAAUCUUUAUGAAACUUGGUCAAAAUGUUAUUCUUGAUGAUCUCUAGGUCAAGUUUGAAACUGGGUCAUGUUGAAUCAAAAACUAGGUCAGUAGGUCAGAUCAAAGGAAAAGCUUGUGAAAAUCUAGAGACCACAUUUUUGACCCAAUCUUUAUGAAACUUGGUCAGAAUGUUAGUCUUGAUGAUUUCUAAGUCAAGUUCGAAACUGGGUCAUGUGUGGUCAAAAACUAGGUCAGUAGGUCAGAUCAAAGGAAAAGCUUGUGAGCACUCUAGAGACCACAUUUUUGACCCAAUCUUCAUGAAACUUGGUCAGAAUGGUAGUCUUGAUGAGUUCUAGGUCAAGUUCGAAACUGGGUCAUAUUGGGUCAAAAACUAGGUCAGUAGGUCAGAUCAAAGGAAAAGCUUGUGAACACUCUAGAGACCACAUUUGUGACCCAAUCUGUAUGAAACUUGGUCAGAAUGUUAGUCUUGAUGAUUUCUAGGUCAGUUUUGCAACUGGGUCAUGUGGGGUCAAAAACUAGAUCAGUAGGUCAGAUCAAAGGAAAAUGAUUGUGAACACUCUAGAGACCACAUUUGUGAUCCAAUCUUUAUGGAACUUGGUCAGAAUGUUAUUAUUGAUGAUCUCUAGGUCAAGAUUGAAACUGGGUCAUGUGGGGUCAAAAAGUAUGUCAGUAGGUUAGAUCAAAGAAAUAGCUUGUGAACACUAGAGACCACAUUUGUGACUCAAUCUUCAUGAAACCUGGUCAGAAUGUUAAUCUUGAUGAUCUCUAGGUCAAGUUCGAAACAGGGUCAUGUGGGGUCAAAAACUAGGUCAGUAGGUCAGAUUAAAGGAAAAGCUUUUGAACACUGUAAAGACCACGUUUGUGAUCCAAUCUUUAUGAAACUUGGUCAGAAUGUUAGUCUUGAUGAUCUCUAGGUCCAGUUUGAAUCUGGGUCAUGUGGGGUCAAAAACUAGGUCAGUAGGCCAGAUCAACUCUGGUGAGCGAUAUAUAGAGCCAUCAUGGCCCUCUUUGUUUUCCUUUUAUUCUGUUUAUUCCAUUUUUCUAGUAAGAUUUUACUUUUUUUUCAAGACUUAUCAUUGAUAAUUGUACAAAAGUGAAUUUUUUUUCAUUUGAUGAUUGAUUUCUUGCUGUUCAAAGUGAAUUUACCUCUGAAACAGAAGGGGAUAGAGUAAGACAUAUUUAGAAAUACUGAGUUACGUACGGUAAAAAUUCUCUAUUUUGCCUUUACUCUUUAGAUUACAUAUUGUGGAAGAAAUGUAGGUAAGUUUUACUUCUGCUCCAAGAUUAUUUUUGAAUGAAGUGAGCAAAAUUUAAAGUAAUCCCACAGGACUCGACCUUAUUUUUACAAUGUUGGAGUUAGAAUCCUGUCUCAUUAAAUCCUAGUACUUGAGGCACCCUUGAAAAAUGAUAUUCACAGUUUUAUUUUGUGUUUUAUAAUUGUUUACCAAUAGUUUGAUGUUUCUUUUAUCAAAAUUAUUGGUAAAAUGAAUUCUCUGCAAACAUUUAUGACAGUGGCCAUCUCUUUGAAAUUUGUCUCUACUUGAGCUUGAGGAAAUAUCAUGAAUUAUACAAAAUUUAUUUUUUUUUAAAACGGCAUAGUGAAAGUAAUUUAAAUUUUGCAUAAAAGUCUCUCACUGGAUACAGUAUAGUGCUGUAACAUUGUUUUGAACAUUUGAAAUAUUCACCAUCAGGUGGGUCAUACGUUAUGUUGAUUUAAAAUAAAAAGAUCUGCACAAGA